AUGUCUACCAACUUAAAGGAGGAGGAGGAAAAGGCCGCGCUGAUCGACACGUCGGUGCGUGCUUGGACCUUGGAACAUUUCGGCGAAUGUGGGAACGUGAAGCACAGGUUCAAGCGUGAUCAUCCCGGAGUCAAAGACUAUACCGAUGAAGAUAUGAAUCAGCGCUUCCUUCUCUGUUCGACAAGUUUCAAGAAGAUGCUUAUUCGCAGGAUGAUGAAACAUUAUGACGAUGGCAUCUGUAUCUCAGAUAGAGAUUAUAAUGUGUUGGCUAGCGACGGCACUACGGAUGGCUACGGCACUACGGAUGGCUACGGCACUACGGACAGCGACGACACUACGGAUAGUGGUGAUGAGGAGGAGGACGACGACGACGAAGAGGAGGUGGAUGACGACGAUGUUGAGCAAAAUGACGAGACUAAGGAACAGGAGGAGAAGGUCGAGUCAGAGAGAGACACUCACUGA